ACAGAAUGUGAGGAUCCGGAAAGAGAAGAGGAGAGGGAGUGAGCCAAAGGAGGAGGGUGCAGCGUGGACGAGAGGGGGUCUCCAGACUGGUGGGUCCAGCAGUGCCUUGAUGGAGCAUGGGUCAGGUUCUAGGAUUCUCCCACUGCAAGGAGCUUGGCUCCGUGUCCUCGACACCUGACUCCACGCCUCCCUGUACAGACGGUGGUAACGAAGAGUCGGACUUUCCAGAGCUCCUGACUGCCAGGGAGUGGUCCGAAGACGAGGAAGGCCCCGAGGACGAAGAUGGCAGCCUCAGCAGCCCCUCCGUGUGGGGGACCCCUCGCCAAAACUCCUUCGAGCUCACGUUCUCCUACAUCGCUUUCUCAGAGGGUGAGGCGUCAUCACGGAGAGAGACAGGGCGACGCAGGGGGUGUGUCCGAGGGAGGCGCACGGACACCGUGGACGUCCCGGAAGUGGCAGAGUCCCCAGCAGUGGACUGGGACCCCCAAGCCUUCCUGACCGGGGAAGGGGAACAGGAAGAAGAGAGGGACGUGGAGAUGAUUCCUGAACCGGCUGAGAGCGUCCAUCAGAGUGUGGAACCAUCCGUGGAAGGCAAAGCGAACAUUUCUGAUCAAGAGAUGGGAGCUUCCAGAGGAGGAGAGGAGAUCCCAGACAGACAGACACCCUGCAUCACGGAGCCCCACGAGCUCCCUGUCUCCAUGGAAACCACAGCCACAUCGCUGACUGAGGUUGCGUCAAAUGUAGAGCCUCCUCCGAUUGGUCAAAACACUCAAGAAGAGCUGACCAGUGAACAGUGGUUCUCCACUCUUAACCAAUCAGAGCAGACGACGGUUCACAUCCAGAUAGCAGUAAUGGACAUCCUCUACUGGAAGGACAUGGAGCAGACAGGCCUGGUGCUGACGGGGCUGGUAGUGACCCUGCUCUCUCUGGUGCAGCUCAGCAUCGUCUCAGUGCUCUCCACUCUCUCACUGGUGAUCAUGUGUUUCACCAUUUCCGUGAGAAUCUACUGCAGUCUGCUGCACUGCCUGCAGCUCAGAGACGGUGCACAUCCCUUCAAAUCCUAUCUGGACAUGGAGAUUGGUCUGGGUGGGGACAAGGCUGAGCACCUCAUGCAGAGAGCGAUCGUCCUGACCUGCUCUGCCCUGGACACCCUGAAGCGUCUGGUUUUCGUGUUCAGCUUGUUCGACUCUCUCAAGUUUCUGUUGCUGAUGUAUCUGGUGACAUACCUGGGAGCCCUUUGUAAUGGUCUAACUCUUCUCAUUAUCGGUGUGAUUGCUGUCUUCUCAGUUCCUCUCUUCUACAGGCAGUACCAGGGUAAAAUUGACAGCUUGUGUGCAGUAGUGCAAUCCCACGUGGACAACAUUAAGGACAUCCUGAAUCGACUGGCCCAGGGUGGUGGCCCCACCCCUGACUCCACCCCGGGUGGAGCCAAACCCAAAACCCUGUGAGAGAGAGGAAGUCAGAGAGGAUGUGGGAGGAGCAAAAGGCUGUCACUCAGAUGUCUUAAUCAAAAGUUUGGAGCACCACUUCCAAAAGGGAGGAGAAAAUGAAACUAAACUGAAAGGGAACAAGAAGUGAUGCAUAAGAAAAAAGGAGAUUUGAUUUUGGAGAAUCGUUUGGCCAAAAAUGGCUGUAUGACAAUUAUGGUACCAGGGUCUCUAACGCAAACCAGUGGACUCCUUAAAGUUGUCAGAAGGACAGUGAUUGAAUCAGCAAGCCAAGAGCCCUGAACACAUGGAGCGGUGCGCCAGAACGUUCUGAAACAAGAAUAAAUAGAGUUUGUCUGCACUAGGAUGAACCAAAACAAAAUAGCGCAGGACCAGUUUACUAGAUUCACUUUUACUUUUGACAGGUUUCAAGAGAAUGGCAUGUAUACAUACACACACAUACAUGUGUGUGUGUGUUUGUGUGUGUGUGUGUGUGUGUGUGUGUGUGUGUGUGUGU